CACUGAGAAGUUAGUCUCGGUGAGUCUCCUCUUGAGCACCAGAAAUUUCAGAGUCCAACUGUCUGAAAGAUGCUUCUGUAUCUAGCAUUCAGUAUUCUUAUUCUGGGAACAUCUCUGGUAACCUCACAGCCCAGAAAGCGUGGCCAGAAAGGAGGUGGAGAUGAAGGAGUGAAGACUAUGGAAGAAGUAUUAAAUGCCAUUCAAGGACAAUUGGAUGACCUUCAAUAUGCUUUUUACUCAGUUCACAACGCUCGGACUUUUGCAACUGGAAGUGAAAAAUUAUACACCACUAAUGAAAAGGAAGGCAAUUAUCAAUCUGCAAAUGCCACCUGUGUGGAAGCCGGUGGCCAUAUGCCUGCUCCAAAGAGAGAUAGUGAGAAUCAGGCCUUGCAGAAUGUCUUGAAGAAAAGGGCCAACCAGUCAGUCUAUCUUGACCGUAAUGUCUCAGGAUACUUUAACUGGGCACCUCAAGAACAAAUCAACCCUGAUGAAAAUAAGAACUGUGUGGCGAUUGAUACAAAUGGCAAGUGGAGGGCCAUAUCCUGUGAAGAACGGCUUUUGAUAGUUUGUGAAUUUUCCUUUGUUCCCUAACUUCUGUUAGUAUCAGAACCAGUGUGUUGUAAUGGAGAGAGUCUUGGUCGUGGACCAGGAAGAACCUGGUUCAUACCUCCACUCAACCAUGAAGCUUAUGGGUUCACUCUCAGCCUGACCUUACCUUACCUUAUGAAGAGCAACAAGGAUCAUCUCUGUAUAUGUUGUUAUGAGCUUCUUGGAGGAAGGGUGGGAUAUACAUGCCAUAAAUAAAUACAUCAUUCAUUUGAA